CAGAGUACAAUCACACACACACACACCAGAGCCAGAGCCAGAGCCAGAGCCAGAGCCAGACUCCGACACACACUGUUUACCUGCAGGACCAGCCGGGAUGGACGCUGCCUACAAGAAAGUCAAUGGAAACUGCGGUCCCCAGGAGGGCACGGAGGGGCAGGAGGGCAGCGGGAGGCGGCGAGGCUCCAUGUACUUGGAGGAGGACACCAACAAGUCGGAGGUGAUCUCCUGCAUCUUCUCCCUAAAAGAAGAGGUCGGGGCUUUGGUCAAAGCCCUCAGGCUCUUUGAGGAGAAGGGAAUCAACCUGACCCACAUCGAGUCCCGUCCGUCCAGGAUGAACACGGAGGAGUACGAGUUCUUCAUCAGCGUGGACUCCAACUGCUCCCAGGCCCUGGAUGAUGUCAUCGACGGCCUGCGCACGCAAAUCAGUGGUCACGUGCACGAGCUGACGCGCACCAAAGAGAAGGACACAGUGCCCUGGUUUCCCAAUGACAUCCAGGAUUUGGAUCGUUUCGCCAACCAGAUCCUCAGCUACGGCUCUGAGCUGGAUGCAGAUCACCCGGGCUUCACAGAUCCCAUAUACAGAGCCCGCAGGAAGGAGUUUGCUGACAUUGCCUACAACUACAGACAUGGUCAACCCAUUCCUAGAGUAGAGUACACCGAAGAUGAGAAAGCCACAUGGGGAACAGUGUUCGACGGGCUGAAGACGAUGUACCCAACUCACGCCUGCCGCGAACACAACCGUGUCUUCCCCCUGCUGGAGAAAUACUGCGGCUACAGACAGGACAACAUCCCACAGCUUGAGGACGUGUCCCGCUUCUUGCAGUCAUGCACCGGUUUCCGUCUUCGCCCUGUUGCCGGCCUCCUCUCGUCCCGGGACUUUCUGGCCGGACUGGCCUUCCGUGUUUUCCAUUCCACGCAGUACAUACGUCACAGCUCCAAACCCAGAUACACACCUGAGCCUGACAUUUGCCAUGAGCUGCUGGGACAUGUCCCUCUGUUUGCCGACCCUGGAUUUGCUCAGUUCUCACAGGAAAUUGGACUGGCCUCCCUCGGUGCCCCUGAUGAGUACAUAGAAAAACUUGCCACCGUCUACUGGUUCACUGUGGAGUUUGGCCUCUGUAAACAGGGCUCGGACAUCAAAGCCUACGGAGCUGGGCUGCUGUCAUCGUUUGGGGAGCUGCAGUACUGCCUGACAGAUAAACCCAAACUGUUGCCUUUUGACCCGGACAAGACCAGCGUCCAGAAAUACCCGAUCACAGAGUACCAGCCUAUUUACUUUGUGGCCGAGAGCUUCGAGGACGCCAAAGAGAAAGUCAGGAAGUUUGCCAGCACCAUUCCCCGACCUUUCACCGUCCGAUACAACCCUUACACCCAGAGCAUAGAGGUUCUGGACAGCACCCAGCAGCUGAGGAACCUGGCUGACAGCAUUAGCGGUGAGAUGGGGAAACUCUGUGAAGCCCUGAGGAAACUGGCCUGAAACUGGGAUUUAACGUGAAGAUUUAUUUCCAUGAUUUUUAUUUUUAUUUUAGUUUUUAUAGUCGAUCAUUUAUCUUGCAGACUGCUGACCUCCUAGUAUUAUCAUUGUAUUAAUACAAAUGUGCAUUUAAACCCGUAGAGUAGUGAAUGAAUUGUGUGUAUUAAAGCUGGAGGAAUAGUCAGUAUUACAGUACCACUAUGUAUAUUUUAACAAAUGAAAUAGAAGUAUAAGAAUCGUCCUGAUUCCACAACCACUACAUCCGUCUGAAUGUUUGUGUAUGUGACAAACUCUGUCAUAUGGAUUGUAUUUCCUAGUGAGGUUUUUCCCUCGUCCCAGCGAGUGACGACCUAGGACAGAUGGAGGUGAAAUCUAUUUGGAUUCCAUAGCUUUGAUGUUUGUAAUAUGCAUGAAAUAUUUCAUUAAAAUAAAAAUUUUAAAAAGCA